UCGUGACGUCACCAUUAUAUGUGCUCAAAGGUAGUUCGAAGAUGUCCAAUAUUUCCUGAUGAAUAUUGAAUAAGUUCUUUUUUAUACAGGCACCAAUAACAUGAACGGACACCCAGAUAGCAAGGAGGACAAUUCCAGUAAAACCCAUAUACAGAGCUUUCCUUCGGACUACAGUGACGUCCAACCUUCUAACUAUGAUGCUGAGUUCAUAUCAGAGAUAAGCAACAAGAUGCAGGUCCCUCAUAAUCUUGGCCCUAAUGAUGAAGUGUGUGAUCCAUUUGGAUACCAGCCCCCUGCCAAUGAUGUUGGUGCCCACCACAUGAUAGUUCCAGACCGCAUCUUCCUAGCAGGGGAAGGACAACACAUUGGUGCCAAGGAGAAUCUGCGCCUAUUUGACCCUUCUGAACUCCCUCCUCCUCAGACUGUGCCGUAUGUUGGGAUGAUGACACCACCCCGAACUUUGACCCUUGAGGAACAGGGAUUUCCUGGUAUGGACAUCAAGGAUGAGGCACCAAAACAAGAGUCGAGCUCAAGGGAUAAAGCACAACAGUCGCAUAAUUACAAUGGUGCUUCCAAUUUUGUUUUCCCUGUCAGAGAGACACAGCAUACAAACCUUAGUGAUAACACCAUGCCUGAGUUGGAAACAGAGUGUCACAAGUUAGGAAUUUGGGGAAAGUUCAUUACAUCCUCCAUGGCUAGCUGGCAAUUGUUUAGGUCAGCAGUUCAGCUGGAACCUUACACACCUGGUAUCUCCAUGAACGAGUCAUUGCUGCUGAACGAAGAGGACGAAACUACGCUACUGAAGACACAUGUGGCAAAACUCACGCGCAAGGUCACCCUCCUGGAAGAAGACAACAUCCGAAGGUCCAAUUAUGAAAAAGUUUUGUUUCCUUUUGUCUUUGGCUGGUCUAUAUGGAAAGUUGUGUCCGUGUUCUGGUCACUAAUGCGACCUCGGCAUUACUGAGACGUGAACAUUCGUUACAAGUGACUUCAAAAGACAUCAGAAACAUAUAUAGACAUUGAUUUACAACUUGAGUAUGUUUGAGAUAGUGUGAGCAAUAAUACAUAGUCUGGAAUAUUG